UACGUCAUCAACGUAGACAGAAACGACGACGUUGGCACGCCGGUGACGCAGCUCAGCGCUACUGACGAUGAUGAUGUCACAGGGAACGGUUACGGUCGAGUGAGUUUCGUAGUGACGUCCGGAAAUGACGAUCUCCUGUUCGAUGUCGAUGCAAAUACAGGACAUGUAUCUGUGGCCAAACCACUCACUGGAAGAGGGGUUGGUUCAAUCUACGAGAUCCAAGUUACUGCAGUUGAUGGUGGAGGAUUAUCCUCGGAUGUUGAUGCGUCCGUUGUGAUCAGCAUUGUGGAUGGGAGUGGAACUGGAGGCGCAGUCUUUACUCAGUCACGCUACCUCUUCAGAGCAUCGGAAGAUGCAGAUAUAAGUGACGUACUUGGCCGAGUGUCAGCUGCCGCUGAAGAUGGCGGUUCUGUGACGUACUUCAUACGUCACGAUCCACCUCGCAGCAGUUGGUUUGCUGUACGCUCUAAUGGUGACGUCAUAGUGACGUCACAGAUGGACAGAGAAGUGUUUUCAACAGUCUCAUUCCAGGUCAUUGCGUCAUCCGGGACACCCCCUAUUUUCGGCUUUGCCAUGGUAACCGUGGAAAUCUCUGACGUCAACGAUAACGCCCCACAUUUCCUGUCGAGCACGGAAGGCGCUCUUGGUUCUGUUACAAUACCUUACACUACAUUGGUUGGGGGCAAAGUGCAUUCUGUGGUUGCUGUUGACGACGACCAAGGCAGGAACGGCCAGGUGAACUACCGACUUCAGUCUGACUUCUUCAUGGUUGAUGAAAACACGGGAGUCAUAACAUUAUCAAGGGAACUGCCACAGCAUACAACAGACUACAGUUUGAAUAUUGAAGCAUAUGAUGAAGGGGAACCCCCUCAAGUGACACAAGCAAACUUAUUGAUUCACACCACAGCUCCUGAUGUUAACUGCCCAGUGUUUCCAGCUGCAUUUCGAUUUAGUGUUGCCGAAAGUACCCCACUUUCAAAGAGUUUCAGCAACAUACAAGCCACUACCAUCAACUCCACAGCUAAGAUCGCUUACUUCAUCCAAUCAAGCUCUUCUUCUUUCAUCUUCUCCAUCUUUUCCAAUGGAUCACUCUACUUGAACAAACCACUGGACCAUGAAACACAGGACUUCUACACGUUCAAGGUGACUGCCACUGGUUUUCCCUCCGUCUCAAUUUUUGCCGAUUCAUGCUAUGUGAAUGCUGACGUCACAAUCGACGUAACCGACGUGAACGACAACUCACCUAUUUUCACCAAACAAACUUACAAGUUCAGUAUUGAGGAAAAUUUGGCGGGUGGUUCAGAAGUUGGAAUAGUAUCAGCAACUGACGUAGAUGCCAAUGAUGAUGUGUUUUAUACGUUUGCUGUUGAUUCCAAUAAAUUCUCCAUAAACCGAGCAACAGGUGUAGUUACUACGUUGGUGCCACUUGAUCAUGAUAUCAUAAAAGAACAUUCCCUACUUGUUCAAGCCAGUGAUGGGAAACACUUGGCUGAAAGUAUGUUGCGCAUCACUGUAAAUGACAUCAAUGAUAAUUCGCCACAAUUCCUGAUGACAUCAUCAGAACACCUGGCUGUUGUUUCUGUAGAUUCUGAAAUAGGUUCAUGGGUUGCUAGUUUAAAAGCAGCUGAUAAAGACAGUAAUUUGAACGGUCAAGUAUCCUACACUAUGACAUCACAAGAUAACCAGAUGUUUCGUAUUGACGGCAACACUGGUAGCAUUAUGGUCAACACUGCACUUUUGACAGGCUUGUACACUGUCCAUGUAAAUGCACAAGAUCAAGGAUCUCCCUCACGCCAUGAAUCAGCGAUUUUGCAGAUUCGCGUGAGAACAUCGAGUGACAAUCCUGCUGAAUUCGACCAAAACAAAUUUGUAUUUUGUCCGAUUGAAAGUUCCAACCCGGGGUCUAUUCUUGGAACAUUUGGUUCAACUGCUUCCAAUCAGAGACAGCGUCGGUCAGUCACCACAUUUCCACAAUAUGAAAUAGUAAGCAGCAACGAUGGAAGUGUCUUUCAUGUAAAUAAAACCACAGGAGAAGUGAUGUUGCUGCAGAGGUUAGACUUUGAGGCCAGACCACAAUACCUUUUUCAGGUGGAAAAGAAAGAAUCCAAUGAUGUCACAAAGAUCCUCUCUGCUCAGAUCAACCUCCGUGAUGUAAAUGAUCACACACCUCAAUUUGCCUCCGGAUCAAUGAUCUUUGGAGUUGAGGAGAACACACGAAUAGGAAAGGAGGUGUAUAGAUUCCAUGCCACAGACCAUGACUCUGGUAUCAAUGGUCAACUCACUUUCACACUGGUCAGUCAAUCUCCAUCAUCAGUCUUCAGGAUGAACAGAGAGACGGGAGAACUCAUCGUGGAUGCAGGGAUCGAUCGAGAGGAUGUGGAUCAGUACAUCCUUGUGGUCAACGUAACUGAUGGCUCACUGACUUCUCCACUUUUCUCGAGCGCGUCCGCUCACGUGAUCGUCCGUGAUGUGAACGACAAUGCUCCUCGUUUCAUCGGUCGUCAUGUGACGUUUGUAGCCGAGGACGAACCCGUUGGAUUCCCAAUCUCUCAGAUCUCAGCGGAGGACGCAGAUGCAGGGACUAACGGAAGAGUCGUAUAUUCUAUUGUAUCCGUAACAUCCGAUAUAGGAAGAUCAAUAGAAGAGAUGUCUUAUUUCCAUGUUGAUCCAAACACAGGUGUGUUGACUGUGGCAAAACAACUUGACUACGAAAGAAGCAAAACUCAUUUCAUCAAUGUCUCAGCAUCAGAUCUUGCCCCACAACCACAAACAACAUACCAGAUGUUCACGAUUCACGUGACAGAUGUGAAUGACAUUGCUCCCCAUUUUGAGCGUGAAACUUACGAAGCUGAGGUUAUUGAAGGUCAAAGUAUCGGUACCAUCGUUACCAGGGUUACAGCGCUAGAUGAAGACUCAGGUGAGAAUGGCAUCGUAACUUAUGAAUUACAACCAAGUUCAGAAACUGAAGCAUUUCUAAUUGAUCCAACUAAUGGUGUGAUUACGCUUACCAUGGAACUUGACAGAGAAAACAAAUCCAGCUACAGACUUACAGUGUUUGCGCAAGACAAUUCUUUUCCUGUGUUAUAUGACUGGUGUACUGUGGUCGUUACCUUAAUUGACAUUAACGACAACACGCCCCAAUUCUCACCACUUGAUGGAACUAGACAGCCGCCACUGCUGGCGAGGUUAGAGAUCCCCGAACACAUGGACGGACCACAGGUUGUUCAUACCAUCGCUGCAUCUGAUGAUGAUGCUGGUGAUAAUGGAAGGGUUACUUACUCUAUAUCAGGUGGAAACAUUGGUGGUGACUUCUCAUUAAACCCUUCGUCCGGUGAGCUGUCAAUCACACGGCGGUUGGAUCGGGAAUCAACCAGUUCAUACCAGUUACAAGUGGUUGCCAGUGACAAUGGAGAACCAGUUCGUUCCGCCUCGGGCCUGAUUGAUAUCACAGUUUUAGAUUGGAAUGAUAAUGAUCCCCAGUUUACUGAAACAGCAUACAGUGGGCAGGUUGAGGAAGGACUUACCAAGGGGCAAUACGUUCUCACAGUUCGAGCCACUGAUGCCGACAUCGGGUUAAACGGUGAAGUGAGUUACUUCAUUUCAACAACAGCUACAGAAUCAAAUGUUUUGAGUGGCCAGUUCUCAGUGGAUACAAUGACUGGUGUAUUGACCACUUCCACCACACUGGACAGGGAAGUAAAAGGGAGUUAUAACUUUUUUGUGACAGCUGUUGAUGCCGCUCCAUACGGGCCGAGGUCAAGCAUGGUACCUGUGACAAUAACGGUUACUGAUGUGAAUGACAAUCCACCAGUAUUUGAUGAGAGCUUAAUACUUGUGAAUAUAUCACGUUCAAUAUCACCUGGUAUGGAGGUGGCUCGUGUAAGAGCAACUGAUGCAGACAGUGGAUUGUAUGGUGAAGUUACAUACAGAUUUGGAAACAGCUCAGCGAAUCAGACGCUGUUCGAGAUUGAUCGUGUUCACGGCAACAUCCGGAUGCGAGAAUCGAUCCCAUCCAACUUCCCCGCACAAUCCUCUUUGAUGGUGAUCGCAUCUGAUGGUGGAGUUCGACCUUUACAAACUUCUGCUGUUGUACAGAUAACUAUAAUUGGGGAGCCAAUCAAUUUUGCGUUUCUUGAAUUUGAUGAAAUGUCUUAUGAAGUCUCUAUGUCAGAGACUGUACAGAAAGGUCACCGGGUCACAGCGGUUCGCGCAGCAUUGCGUGGUGCGACAUCUGGUGGUCACACCAUCAUAUACGACCUCCAUUCUGGCAACGAGGAUAAUGCCUUUGUGAUGUCACAAGAUGGAGAAAUCAGAGUCAACAAACCAAAUUUACUCGAUUUCGAAACUGAACCAAACAUUCGUCUCAUAGUAUCCGCUUCAGUGGCGGGCGGGGGUCUUUUUUCAGCCAUACAUGGUUAUGCGACCGUCUAUAUCCAACUACAAGAUGAAAACGACAACUCGCCGCGAUUCACACAAGAUAUUUACUCCAUACGAGUGUGGGAAGACCAACAACCAGGAAUAUUUGUUAUGCCGGUAUUAGCAACAGAUGCAGACUCGGAGAACAACGGUUGGGUGAGAUACUUUAUAAGUUCUGGAAACUUGGAUAAUUCGUUUGAACUUGAACCAGUGACUGGAUACCUUAAGACGAGACUCAAACUUGAUAGAGAGGUUCACGAGCAUUACAUAUUACAUGUCAAUGCCAUGGACCAGGGGGACACAGUUCGUCGCACUGGCUCAUGCACUGUUUCUAUUCAAGUCGUUGACAUAAACGACCACAGUCCUACACUGAACGUACCGAGUGGUCCACUACUCGUCAGUGAGGACACGGCAGUGGGCAGCCACAUAACUACGGUCACUGCCAAUGAUAGAGACGCGUCGCCUAUCAUUAGUUUCUCUUUUCCGAGAGGCGGCAACCCGGGAUCUCACUUUAGCAUUGACAGAAACGACGGCAAGAUAUACCUCAACAAAGCUCUCGACUUUGAAAUCAUCGAAAACUUCAGUAUAACUGUUCAAGCUAGUGACGUAGGGCUCAACGUCACACACAACGUCAGUGAAGAGCUGUAUGUGGUGGUGACUGACGUCAACGACAACUCCCCUGUCUUCCGCCAACAAUCGUACCACACUUUGCUGCCCGAGUUGUCUCCACCUCACAGUCACGUGAUAACUGUGGAAGCCACUGACUUGGAUUCUGGUGAAAACGGUCGAAUAACUUACCGACUUGACAACGUACUUCCCAACAAACCUAUAUUCGUGAUAGACCCUGAUACAGGAGAAAUAACAACAAAUAAAUCGGAAGCGCUGAACCCUCAAUCUUCCGUGUUUAACUUAGAAAUUGAAGCUUUUGACCAUGGUGUCCCACCUCGCGUACAAUCGGUGUCGGUUCGCGUACAGAUAACCGACGUGAACAACAACCCCCCAACUUUCAGUCGAUCUCAAUACGAAGCGUCGGUGAGCGAAUCCGCAUCACGUGACUUCUCUAUCAUUAACGUCACUGCAACUGACGCGGAUUAUUCACGUGACAACAACGUCAUUAUGUACAGAAUCAUUUCUGGAAACACUGGUGGCGCUUUUAAAAUUCGCACUCUGAACGGUCCUGGGAAACAAACCCUCGGCGAAUUAUGCGUGGCCGGGGAUCUGGAUCGGGAAACCACCGACCGGUACUUUCUCAUUGUUGCUGCAAUAGACCAGGGAACACCGAGUCUCAGCAGCAACGCCACAGUGGUUAUCAACGUUCGUGAUGUGAACGACAAUCGCCCGAGGUUCAACAAGACAUCAUACUAUGGCAGAGUGGCAGAGAACAGAAUCGGAGAGGCUCCAGGACCUCCUAAGCCAGUACUACAGCUUUACGCCGAGGAAGACGACCUGAAUUCUGAUUUCAAAUUCAAAAUCAUCGCCGGAAAUGACGACAAUGCAUUUGAACUCAGUGAUUGCGAUCCACCAACUGGAGAUUGCGCAAUGUUGGUCGCUAAGUACGUCGACUACGAAAUCCAAUCCCAUUACGAACUCACUGUGCAAGUAUGGGAUGAUCGUAACUCGUUGCUCGCUAAGUCCUCCAUUGUCGGCGUCACAGUGGACAUUGAUGACGUCAACGAAUACGCUCCAAAGUUCACCAUUCUGUUUAAACAGGUCAAAGUGGAGGAGAAUACACGAGCAAACACCACCAUAUUUAUUCUCGUGGCCGACGAUAAAGAUGGCGGUCGGUUCGGUCACGUGAUCUACAACGUCACAAGCGGAAGGGCACGCUCGAGUGCUUCGUCAUGCGUGGGGAACCGCGAUAUUUUCCGUGUUAACCCUGACACCGGGGAAGUGUACGCAACUCAAGAUCUUGACUUCGAGGUUUGCAGUCAAUAUUUCUUCUACGUAACUGCGACCGACGAAGCUGGCGACUCAGUGAUGAUACCGGUGUCUAUAGAAGUCGAAGCUGUGGACGAGUAUGCCCCCGUGUUUAAUAUUGAUGACGUCAUGGGGUACCGGUUCCAGGUACCAUACGGGUCACCGGAGAGAUAUGUGGUAGGCCAAGUCAACGCUACAGAUGAUGACGUAGGUGCUGAUGGUGACGUCAGGUAUUUUCUGGAAGAUUCGUCCACAGGACACGGUUACGUCAUCAAUGCUACAUCAGGUGUGAUACGUUUGUCUGAAGCAGUUGUCAAUGGCAACGCAAAAAUAUUAAGAGUGUCAGCUCGAUCCACCCAUCGGAAGACCAUCACUCACGUAACUGUAGAAAUAACAGGCACCCCUAUUAUACCACCUGAGGCUCAAGUGUUGUCCAUCGUGUUCGGUGUAAUAGCUGGCAUAGCAUGUGUGAUAGUUCUUAUAUUGCUGGGCAAGCAUUGCUACAACAAGAGAGCUUACAGAGAGCGAAAUAAAGCUGACACCGCAACCUCGAAGACACCCAGCCGCAGCCCAGCUGAAAGUGACGCCAAAAGUUUUUACGAUGUUUCCUCCCCACACGAUACUUCGCCCACUAGCGCCACCCAAACACGGGGUAAACCAAUGAACGGUGUGCAUAGGAAUGGGGUGAAAACGAUAGGCAAUGGUUCUUCCGGAGAUUACCAGCUUAAAACGCUUGCGAAUGUCGCUACCACUAGCGGAGUUGUGGGUCACCGUAACAAACAUGCAACCGCUGCUGCCAAUCACGAUAACUCAUCGAGUGCCUUUGGAAAACCUGCAAAAAUCACGAAUGGCAUCGCGAGCCGGAUGUUACGUCAUCGUGUGACGCAGCUGCAUGAGCCCACUCAUACCGGAAAUGACGGAUCAGCUGAGGACGAAGAGGUUCUUCGUAUAAAUUCUACAUCCCCAUCAUCAGGACAGCAGUCAUCUUCCGCUUCCCUCAUCCACGAUAGAAAAGAUCGAGUUCCGGAUUCAGGGAUACAACAGGACAUCGAUCGAUCUUCCACCGACACACCAACCGCUCCUCUGUCGAAAGAAGUAAAUCGUCCACAGAGCGUCGAAAGCAUCCACGAGUUCGGGGAGGAAGGCGGUGGCGAAGACGUCCUGGUCACCAUGCCACCUAUACGCGGUGCCGAGCCCCCACCUCCCGCCAACUUCAAUUUGGACGACCGUCACCGUCGCGCAGUGCUACACGCCUCGCUUGGGGUUUUAAAAGAAAGUCCAGCGCAAACUUCUCCGCCGUUUCCGAACCCCGGCGACUGGAGACCAGACUAUCAACCCCUAAGCAGCGUUUUCUCCGAAAUCGCACGAUUACGCGAGGAAUCGAACGCUAUACGACAUGCUGCUGCCCUACAGCAAAGGGGUAAGCAGCAGUCCGGAUCCAGUAGUAUUGGAAGCAGACGUAGCACAGCUUCGUCCAUUAUAUCUGAACGAUCCGGUCGUCCACCUCCCCUGCUAACCGCAGUACCUCAUCAAGGGACGGAAAUCGCAGCCCCAGUACCUUUAUCUAAUGCUAACUCAUUUGACAUGAGCCCAGUCUCCGCGAAAAACGUUUACGCCCGACCUAGCCCAAUCUAUCCACCGAGUCACCCUUCCAACACAAGCAGUCCCCGCACCCCAACAGCAGUACCACCUUCAUACUCAUACGUGAUGGCAACUCGACCCCCGGGCAGCGUCGGUAGCGGCGUAUCGCACCGCACCCAACACAGUGACGCAUCCGUUAACUCUAGAUCAAGCACGCUCCCGUACGCUUCCUCCUACAACAGAGGUCUCUCUCUUACCUCAUUACCCCGUUCACCAAUCAGUCACGAGUCCAGCUUUACAUCCCCUGCCAUGUCACCCAGUGUCUCCCCUUCUCUUACCCCUAUCACCACACACACUCCAUCGCCGUACACCAAUGUUAUCACACCAUCUUUUGGUGUCAAAGUCACUCGGUCAAAAUCGGACGAAACAAAUUUAAGCAGCGAAAGACCCGAAAGGAUUUUGCACGUAUAACUCGUAAAGCGAGUCAUUCUAUUUCCGCCCAUGUUAACACGUACCAAAUCUGUCUUCGUAUACAUAUUUCCUGUACCUUGCUUGCUAUUAAUUUAAGCGUAAAUUCGCUUAUGAGUUUAAUUAAAUGCCUUUCCAAUGAACCAAAGUAUAAAAACCAAAGUUUUUGUAGACAUCUACAUGAAAAGGUAUACAUUUAUAAAGCGUAACGCCGUUCGCAAA